AUGAGCCGCCAGUUUAACUACCACCCCGGUGGGGAGCGCCUGGGCUUCAGUGGCUGCUCUGCAGUCAUCUCCGGUCGGGUCAGCAGCAGCUCUGCCUCCUUCAGGACCGGCCUUAAGGGCUCUGCGGCCUUUGGCAGCAGAAGUCUCUUCAGCCUGGGGAAUGGCCGGCGGAUCUCCAUGAGUGGCCGGAGUGGGGGCUACACACUGGGCCAGGGCGCGGGCUGUGGUGGCCGGGUCGGAGGCUUCGUGGGCAGCGUGUUUGGCAGUGUGGGGCCCGUCUCUGUGCCUGUGUGCCCGCCUGGAGGCAUCCCUCAGGUCACAGUCAACAAGAGCCUCCUGGCCCCCCUCAACGUGGAGCUGGACCCCGAGAUCCAGAAAGUGCGUGCCCAGGAGCGGGAGCAGAUCAAGGCCUUGAACAAUAAGUUUGCCUCCUUCAUCGACAAGGUGCGGUUCCUGGAGCAGCAGAACCAAGUGCUGGAGACCAAGUGGAAUCUGCUUCAGCAGCUGGACCUGAACAACUGCAAGAAGAACGUGGAGCCCAUUUACGAGGGCUACAUCAGCAACCUGCAGAAGCAGCUGGAUGCACAGUCAGGAGACAGGGUGAGGCUGGAGUCAGAGCUAAGGAACAUGCAGGAUUUGGUGGAAGACUACAAGAAUAGGUAUGAGGUGGAGAUCAAUAGACGCACGGCUGCAGAGAAUGAGUUUGUGGUGCUCAAGAAGGACGUGGAUGCUGCUUACACAACCAAGGUCGAGCUCCAGGCCAAAGUGGACUCCUUGACAGAUGAGAUCAAAUUCUUCAAGUGUCUCUAUGAAGGGGAGAUUGCUCAGAUGCAGUCCCACAUCAGUGACACCUCUGUCAUCCUGUCCAUGGACAACAACCGUGACCUGGACUUGGACAGUGUCAUAGCGGAAGUUCGUGCCCGAUAUGAGGAAACAGCCCUGAAGAGCAAGGCUGAGGCCGAGGCCCUGUAUCAGACCAAGAUCCAGGAGCUCCAGAUGGCAGCCGGCCAGCAUGGAGAUGACCUGAAACAUACCAAGGCUGAGAUCAUAGAACUUAACCGGCUGACCCAGAGGAUCCGUUCAGAGAUUGGGAAUGUGAAGAAGCAGUGUGCGAACCUGGAGACGGCCAUCGCCGAUGCAGAGCAGCGAGGGGACUGCGCUCUGAAGGACGCCCGGGUGAAGCUGGACGAGCUGGAGUCCGCCCUGCACCAGGGCAAGGAGGAGCUGGCCCGGAUGCUCUGUGACUACCAGGAGCUCACGAGCGUGAAGCUGGCCCUGGACAUGGAGAUCGCCACCUACCGCAAGCUGCUGGAGGGAGAGGAGUGCAGGAUGUCUGGUGAAUAUCCAAAUUCUGUAAGCAUAUCUGUCAUCAGCAGCACCAACGCUGGGCCAGGCGGAGCGGCCUUCAGCCUGGGCUUUGGCUCCUCAAGCAGUUACAGCUACAAACCUGCAGCCACCGAUGUCAAGACCAAAGGCAGCUGUGGCAGCGAAUUCAAGGAUCCCCUUGCCAAAGUUGCGGGCAGUGGCUGUGGAACAAAAAAGGCCUCCCGAUGA